AUGCGCUUCCUGCUGGUCUUCACCCUUCUCCUCGCAGCUGUCUGCUUCGCCAAAGAGGGUGAUACCCACUGCCACGGCCGCAAUUCCCCCGAGGGCAAAACCUGCAACUUCGUGGACAUCUACACCGAGAUGGACCACUACUGUCGUCAGUACUACGAGCCGCGCCUCGUCCCCGUCCAUGAGCUCAAGGUUCCGUACAACCACGCUAAGUUUUUGGGCGGCGAUGCCUACUAUUGCCCUUGGUUCGGAAAAUGUGCGAAGCGCCCGGCCAUCUUCAUGGGCUACGUCCGCUACGAUCUAAACUGGGGCAAUGGCGCUAAGCCGACCGACAAUUGGAAUGCCCUCUCCUAUCAGCGCUGCAUGGAGUACAUGGGCAAGAUCGUCAACGCCUGCGGAGGAGAGGGAGGCUCGUAUGAGACAGGCUACGGCGAGGUACACGGCUUCUGCAUCCAAGCUUAG